CACCAUGUCUGAGAGCAGCAAGAGCAGCUCCUUGGCCUUUGGCCAGGUGGUCAUUGGGCCACCAGGCUCUGGGAAGACAACCUACUGCCAUGCCAUGCGGGAAUUCCUGGGCCACCUGGGCCGUCGGGUGUCUGUGGUGAACCUGGACCCUGCCAACGAGGCCCUGCCCUGCCCCUGUGCCCUGGACAUCGCUGAGCUCAUCACCCUGCCUGAUGUCAUGGACAGCCUGGGCCUGGGCCCCAACGGGGGCUUGAUCUACUGCAUGGAGUACCUGGAGGCCAAUUCCGACUGGCUGCAGGAGAAGCUGGAAGGACUCAAGGGACACUACAUCCUCUUUGACUGCCCAGGGCAGGUGGAGCUCUACACACACCAUGAUGCACUGAAGAAUGUCUUUGCACAGUUGGCCAAGUGGAAUUUCAGGCUGGCUGCAGUGCACUUGGUGGAUUCUCACUACUGCACAGAUCCUGGGAAGUUCAUCUCUGUGCUCUGCACCUCUCUCUCCACCAUGCUGCACGUGGAGCUGCCCCACGUCAACAUCCUCUCCAAGAUGGACCUGAUCGAGCAGUAUGGAAAGUUGGCUUUCAACCUGGAUUAUUACACCGAGGUCCUGGACCUCUCUUACUUGGUUGACCAUUUGGCAUCCGAUCCCUUCUUCAGGAAUUACCGACGCCUCAACGAGAAGCUGGUGGAGGUGAUUGAGGACUACAGCCUGGUGUCCUUCGUCCCACUCAACGUCCAGGACAAGGAGAGCAUGCGGCAGGUGAUGCAGGCAGUGGACAAAGCCAACGGCUAUUCCUUUGGAGACCAGGAGCACAGGAGCCUGGAAGCUCUGAUGUCAGCAGCAGUGGGAGCUGAUUUCCACUUUUCUUCCACACUUGCAGUGCAGGAGAAGUAUGUGCAAUCUCAGGACAAAGCCGUGGAAGAAGAGGUGAUGGAUCUGUGACACACCCUGCCACGGCUCCUCUCUGUUUUGACACCUCUCCUUUUCCUACCAGAAGCUUAAGCUGUGACUCAGAGCAGGUGAAAGCCUUUCAAGGCAGAGUCUGGCUGCUGGACAUCCCUCUCUGGGUGGGUUUGACCUC